UUUGUCUCCAGCUCAAAGCCAUCAUGACUUCUAUGCCUUUUAGAAAUAACAGAAUCACAGCUCGCCAGAUCUGUAUCCUAGGUCGAGAUAGUGGGAAGGAGCCAUUCCUUACAGCAAAACCCGUUUCACAGAAACUGUCCUCUUACAGGACAACUAAUGGAAAUAUUGCAGCAAUAGAUUUCGGCACUACUUCUGUCUCUCUCGCCUACACCACUUAUGGCAGCAAAGAUGUGAACACACUGCCCCUGGACCUGUCAAACAUGGACACCAGGAUCACGAAUUGUAUUCUGCUUGAGAGGAAGCCUGACGGCGGCUACAAGGUGGCUUCAUUCGGCCAUAAUGCACGCAGCGUGUACAGCAAAGUCCGCAAUAGGGAGAGCUAUGUUUAUUUCGAGAGAAUCAAGAUGUUAAUGAAAAGAGAAAAGAAAGUUAUUGAUCGUGAGUCUCCUGUAGAAUCUUUUUCUGGAGCUAAUUUCUAUCUCGUUGAAGUUGUUGCUUUCAUUUUGCGAUACUUGAAGGAUUACUUUCUUGAUCAUCUCCGAAAGACAAAACCUUCUCCAAUCUUGAAGGCAACUGAUUUUGAUUGGGUCAUUACCGUACCUGCUAUAUGGGAUCCUCGAGGAAAAAGAAUGAUGAGAGAAGCUGCUUAUUUGGCCGGGCUCCUAACAAGUGAUCCUGGAAUAUCAACAUUGACUCCUUACGGUGUCUCUCUCCUCCCAUCCCCUCAAGAAACCAAUGCGAAUCAUCUGACGCUGGCCCUUGAGCCGGAAUGUGCUGCACUCUACAGUCAAACCAUCACUGAAGUUGAUGUCGCUAAUGCAGACAAUAAGGAUUUUCCUCAGCCCAAAGGAGCGUACAUGGUCCUUGACAUAGGAGGAGGGACGGUGGAUAUCACGGCUCAGAUCAAACGAGACGAUGGAAGUUUUGAGGUCAUUAACGUGCCGUCGGGAAACGACUGGGGAGGGACCAAAGUCAAUGAACAAUUUUCGAAAUUGUUUCAAGAAAUUGUCAACGAUGAGAAUUUUGAAAAGUUUCUUGGCUCUGGUGAUCACGAGAAGCGACAGAUUGUUCUGAAUGAGCUGUUGUAUAGAGAAUUUGAGCUCCAAAAGGUCACCUUUGGCGACUCAUACGAUAAAUUUGAUCACAAUGAUGAGGUCGGUAUCAUCAUACCACGUAGUAUCGUUGAUUUCUAUGGAUCUGAGGCGAUAGAGAAAGGAGCAAAGAAAUUCUCUGGAAUAGAGUAUGUCGAUGACAGCGAUUGUCUUUACAUUGAGAGUGGUGUCGUUGAGGAGAGGCUGUUUGUUCCAGUUCUGGAGCACAUUGCAAGUUGUGUCAUGAUUGCCAUUGAUAGCACCACUCAGGUGCAUGGAGAUAUUGAUACUUAUUACUUUGUUGGAGGUUUUGGUGGUAGCAAGUAUCUCUACCAGUACCUCUGUGAUGCCAUCACAAAGAAAUAUGGCUCCAUCUCGCACAUGAUAGUACCCAAGAGUCCUAAACUAGCUAUUGCUCAAGGAGCCGUGAUUUGGAGGAGGAGUCCUGAUAAUAUCACCGCUAGAUGUAUUGAUGCCACUUAUGGUAUAGCUCUACAAAUUCCUUUUGACCCAAAGGCUCAUGAUGAUCACUAUAAAGUCUACAAUGAAGAGCAACAGCAGUUUAAAUGUGAUGAUAUCUUUUCUGUGUUUCGCCAGCGAGGGGAUGUUGUUAAAUCAAGUGAAGCAUAUCUCAUAGAAGGAAUAGCUCCAGCUUACCAGAAAAUGACAACCAUGAAGUUUGAUAUCCUGUCUACUUUAGAUAGAGGCGUCCAGUACACAAAAGAUAAAGAAGGAGAAGAAACAGCCACAAAGAUUGGAGAGCUUGUCAUUGAUAUACCUAACAUAGGUGAUCUUCAACGCUCUCAGCGUUUGGUUGAUGUCACUGUUGACUUCAGUGGUACUGAGAUACAUGCUAAAGCAAAGUACAGGGUCACUGGUGAUGAGGUUGAUGUUCUUUGCGAUUUCUUAUCUGUUGCUAAACCAUUUCAAAGAAAUUAAAACUAAAUAUAUCAUUAACUAACUAUAUAGUUAUUUUUGCUGUGUGCAUUUAAAAUUAAUUAUUUUGGAAGUAUAUACUAAAGUUUAAGAAUUCAAAUCACUGUUUCUUUAUUAUA